AUGAAGAUGAUCGCCUCAUCCCUCGUCUACGGCCUCCUCCUCUCCCUAGCCUCAUCCGCCUACGCCUCUAGCUACAAAUCCCACGUCAACUAUACCGUAAUCCCCAGCGUCUUCUUGCAAGACGACCCUACAACCAACGCCUCCACCUUCAACUUCACCGCCACCAACUUCGGCCUGAUCACGCGCUCCUACCCCAGCGACAAAACCUAUCCGGGCAAUCCCAAGAAAGCAACCCAAUGGCAGCGCCUCGCCCACUACAUCUCCACGCUCAACUUCCGCGCAAAACCCAACAAGCGCUACACGCUGCUCUUCCUCGGCCGCCACGGCGAAGGGUACCACAACGCCGCGGAGUCCUACUUCGGCACGCCAGCCUGGAACUGCUACUGGUCCGAGCUCGACGGCAACGCAACGGUUACCUGGGCGGACGCGCAUCUCACGGCAAACGGAGUCAACCAGGCGCUUGCCGUGAACCGCUUCUGGAAGCAUCUGCUCGCGGACGAGAACAUCACGCCGCCGCAGACGUACUACACCAGCCCGCUGUACCGCUGCCUCGCGACGGCUAAUCUCACGUUCUCGGGGCUGAAGAUACCACGGACGAACCCGUUUGUGCCGACGAUCAAGGAGUUGUUCCGCGAGGGCAUUAGCGCGCAUACGUGCGAUCGCAGGAGCAAUAGGACGUAUAUCUACGCCAACUUCCCGAGCUACAAGUUCGAAAGGGGGUUUCCCGAAUACGAUCCCUACUGGACGGCGCUACACGCUGAGACGAGGGAUGAUCAGGACAUCCGCUCGAAGAAAGUCCUCGACGAUGUGUUUGCGAAUGACGAUAGCACGUAUAUCUCUGUGACUGCGCAUUCGGGCGAGAUUGCUAGCUUGCUGCGCGUUCUUGGACACCGUGUCUUCAGCCUCAGCACGGGGGCUGCUAUUCCUGUGCUGGUGAAAGCUACGACGGAGAAGGGUGAGGGUCCGUCGACUACGACGCAGCCGUACACUUCAGUGAGCACGUGUGCUACUCCCCCGACGGUUACGGCGUCGACGUGCAAUGACUGCUCUUGCUGUACAUAG